GAUUCCAUCUACUCCACGCACCCGAUUCCAAGUUUCCAACUGCUCGCGCUCCCCGAUCUCUCUCUCUCUCAUGGCGACAGCAACCACAAGUCGACUCAGCAGGCCGGUGCUCUCCAUACCCAGCCACCGCUCCGCCUCGCCCACCCGCGUCAAGCUCGCCGGCGGCAACGCCAACGGCGCCACCCGCUCGCCGGGCAAGUCCGUCAGCGUCUCCUCCCCGUCAUCCACCAGGAGCCGACGGUGCUGCAUGUGCUCCUCGACGAACCACCCGGGCUCGUUCCGUGGCAGCCUCCACAAGGAGCGCAAGCAGGAGGCGGCCCCCGCCGGGAGCAGCAAGCCCGCCUCCCCGCCGUCCGUCCACAGCGCCUGCAGUCUGGGAUCGAAGCGCAUGGACAGCGGGCAGUGUGCCCGCAGAGCGCUCGCGCCGUCCCCCGCGGCGCAGCACCGGAGGCGCGCGGGCGGGUUCCGCCCCAAGCCGAGCAGGCUCUCCGCCGUUUCCGUGGCCGGCGAGCGUCCCGGCGACAACUACCAGGAAACAAAUCAACGUCGACAUGCCAUAUUAAGAUACAGUUAGAUGCUUUUGAUUUUUGACCCAAUUUGACUCCGACCUGGUCAGUUUAGCUAGCCCGCAACAGUAUGGUGGAGUGAGCCUCUUCCUCCUCGUAUGUAAUCUGUAGUUCUGUACACAUGCAAUGCAGUGAGCUCGUCCUCUGC